AUGGUGCAGAAACACAGUAGUAUGAGAUUAGACAUUCCAAAAUUUGGAGGAGCAGAUCCGCAGCAAUGGAUUUUCAACAUCCAAGAAUAUUUUGACUUCCAACAAACCCCCGAACCGCAACGCUUGCAAACUACUGGUUUUUGCUUGGAGGGAGACGCGUCUGAAUGGUUCCGUUUGAUGAAACGGAACCGCCUAAUUUUUGGGUGGCAUGAUUUCUUGGAAAAGGUUGAACAACGGUUUGGCACUACACACUUUGAGGAUCCCUUGGCGGAGUUGGCUAAGCUUACACAAGUCGGGACCGUAGCUGACUUCCAAGCAGCAUUUGAGAAAUUGCUUAAUCGGGUGACCGGAGUAAACGAGACUCAGCUAUUUUCCUAUGUCAUAGGUGGGUUGAAAUCCCACAUACGCCGUGAAUUGCUUAUGGUCAGGCCCCGAACGAUUUUGGCAGCCUUUGAGAUGGCCAAAGCUCAUGAAGCUCGUUAUAAUGAGCUUAUGCUAGAGUGUCGUACUGCAUACAACGAAAAACCACGUCCUCUGGUGAUACAUGAAGACAAUAGGUGGCAGCCUAGAAGUUCAAAUUUUUCACAGCUUUCGAUACGGUCGAGUCCUAAUUUACAGCCCAAUAUCUUACCUUCAGGGAAAACUAAUGCCAGAGGAUUAUUGCCAGCACCAAUGGCGCAUCCCACCCAAGCACUGCCCAUACUGAGAUACACCUCCGCUGAAAUACGUGAAAAGCGUGACAAGGGCCUGUGUUUUCGUUGUGACGAGAAAUACACCCCGGGUCACCGUUGCAAGGGGCGGUUCCUCGUGCUUAUUGGCGAUGAGGAUGACGAGCCGUUAGAAGAUGAACCUAUGGUAGUCAAUCAAUAUCAUACUGACGAGGAAGUAAUAUCUGGUGAUGUCUCUGUGCUUAAUACAAUGACAGGACCUGGCAGCCCCCGGUCCCUACGACUCAUCGGCAACAUAAAAGGAUCCUCAUGCAUGGUGCUGAUUGAUAGCAGAAGCACCCACAAUUUUAUAACUUCGGCUAUCGCAGAGAGAUUACACCUGCCCACCAAAGCUAUCAAGCCAUUCCAGGUCUAUAUUGAGAACGGCGAUACAUUGGGGUGCCAGCAUGUUUGUUCGGCUGUGGAGGUUUGCAUGCAGGGGGUUACUUUUGCUAUGGAUUUACAUGUGUUAAUAAUCGUUGGCCCGGACGUAGUCUUAGGCGUCCAGUGGCUCCAGAGCUUAGGCAGUGUUACACAUGAUUAUUCUAAAAUGACUAUGGAGUUCCAGAUGGGCUCAACAAAUGUCAAACUUAAAGGUGACUCUGGCCUACAUAAUCAACCUAUUUCCUUCAACCAGUUACAGGCAAUGGUGACCAAUGGUGCCAUACAGACACUUCAUGAGAUUCACCACAUCAAUACUACCGACGUUGCAGAGCCUACUCAAAUGCAACCCACUCCUCCAACCUUACCAGAACCUUUUCGGGACUUACUACUCGAAUUUUCACUAAUUUUUGAGCAACCUAAAUCCUUACCUCCUCAUAGAGUCUUUGAUCACAAUAUUCAUUUAUUACCUAAUUCUAAACCCGUAAAUGUGCGCCCAUACCAUUACCCUUAUUUUCAAAAAUCUGAAAUUGAGAAGUUAGUUCGGGAAAUGUUGGAGCAGGGAAUCGUACGUCCAAGCCGGAGUCCUUUUUCUUCACCUAUUUUGUUAGUCCAAAAAGAAGAUGGCACUUACCGAUUUUGUGUGGAUUACCGAACACUAAACGCCAUUACAUUCCGGGAAAAAUUUCCGAUCUCGACUGCUGAUGAGUUAUUUGAUGAAUUGGGAGGUGCAACCAUUUUUUCUAAGUUGGAUUUGCGAGCAGGAUAUCGUCAAAUCCGUGUUGCAGAUGAGGAUAUCUUUAAAACUGCUUUUCGGACCCAUGAAGGGCAUUACGAAUUUUUGGUUAUGUCAUUCGGGCUAACAAAUGCGCCCUCCACCUUUCAAGCUGCCAUGAAUACGAUCUUAAGGCCAUUUUUGCAAAGAUAUGUGAUCGUUUUCUUUGACGACAUAUUGAUCUACAGCUCCUCUAUGGAGGAGCAUUUAAAGCAUGUGCGCGAGGUAUUGCUCAUCCUACAAACUAAUCACUUCUAUUUGAAAUUCAAUAAAUGUGAUUUUGGACGUCUCUCCAUUGAAUAUCUUGGGCAUAUCGUCCAUAAUGGGCAGCUUGAAAUGGAUCCCAAAAAAAUUGAUGCGGUUCUCACUUGGCCUCUAUCCAUGAACACUAAGCAAUUACGAGGCUUCCUGGGAUUGGCGGGAUACUACCGUCGAUUUAUUAAAGGAUUUGCAGAAAUAGCAGCACCUCUUACUGAUUUUUAA